GCUCCAGAGUUGUGCUCUCAUGUCCUCAAAUCCGAGUGGGAGCGGCCAGGCUGGCGGCAGCAGCCAGUCCGGGUCGCAGGCUAGCAGCAAGAAGGGCGCCAAGAAAGGUUCCAAGAAGGAAGUGCCUGAGAAGAAGGACGAGCCGCCCAUGGAAGUCCUCUACACGGCCAAGGAUCUCAGGUUUCCGACGUACGUGAUCAUUGACGGUCUCUACCUGCCCAUCAACGUUGACGAGAUGUCAUUGCGCUACGCCCUCAACUACAGGCCUUCGAAGGGUGACAUUAUGGUGGUCUCGUAUCCGAAGUGUGGCGGUGUCUGGGUGGCUCAGAUCGUCUACCUGCUCCUCAACGACUGCGUCCCCUUGGCAGAUGCCAAAGCCUUCGAUGAGCAGAUGCCGAACCUCGAGGAGUCCGGCUACCUGAUGCCCCGAGAGCGCGGCGCCGCCGACGACGUGCGCGUCGUGCGCUCCCACCUGCCCUACCACAAGAUGCGCGUCAAUCCGAUGGCCAAGUACAUCUACGUGACGCGCAACCCCAAGGACUGCUGCGUGGCCCUGUACCACUACAUCAGGCACGUGAACAUCUACCGGUUCAAGGAGGGCCUGUGGGACAACUUCUUCGAGUGGUUCAUACGGGGCCGCAUCAGCUACAACGACUACUUUGACCACAUCAUCCACUACUGGGUGCACCGCAAGGACUGCCACGUGCUCUUCCUCACCUACGAGAACAUGACGCUCGACCACAAGAGCCACAUCUUCAUGCUUGCCAACUUCAUCGGUGGCGUAGCUGGGACCAUGGUCAAGGACCGGCACAUGCUGAAGAAGCUCAUCCACCGCAGUUCCUACUCGUACAUGUCGCAGUUCUUCAAGGACGAGGAUCACCUCGGCAACUUGGCCAAGGGUCGCAUCGGCGAGUGGAAGGUUGUGUUCUCUCCCACACAGGCGGCACGCCUCGACCGAAAGUUCUACGAGCGCUUCGGGAACAGCGAGAUCGCCAACCUGUGGCGGUACAUCGUGCGCUUCGACAAGCCCGCCGCCUGACGCUGUUUUGCGACUCACACAUAACGCCACGGCUACAGCCGAAAUUGUGGCGUGAAUUAGGGUUUUAUUCUCGCGCCAUAAUUAAGCAUUGCGGAAAUAGCAUGCGAGGCUUCCGAAAAGGCAGAGAUUCAAGAGACGUCAUUCCGCAGCCGGACAUACGGAGCGCAACCUGACGAAUACGACGAGUUCGACAUUCAAGCUAUAUCGUGCGUAGUUUGCUUGACGCGGGUCUUCAUUGAGAAUAAAUUUGCGUUGCGAAACCGA